AUGAAAUUCUUUGCUGCCUCUCUUCUCCUCGGUUCUGCCGCUGCUCUUACUCCAGAAUCCAGUCGCCGUGAAAUGCUCGGCAAGACUUUGGCUGCUGGAGCCGCUCUUGCUGUCCCUGGUGCUGCCAAUGCCUACUUUGUUCCCGAUCUUCCGUAUGACUUUGAGGCUUUGGAGCCAUACAUUGAUGCUCCUACCAUGAAGAUCCACCACGACAAGCACCACGCCACUUACGUUGCUAACAUCAACAAGGCGAUGGAAGGCAAGGACGAAGUCCCAAUCUUGGACUUGAUGGCUGAUGCUUUGGAAGCCGGGCCUGUUCGCAACAGUGGAGGUGGUCACUACAACCACGCCUUCUUCUGGGAAGAAAUGGCACCUGCUGAUGUUGCCAAGAAGUCCAAGGUUUCAGACCAAUUGUCUGGUUUGAUCGACAAGUCCUUCGGGUCCAUGGAUGAGAUGAAGGCCAAGUUCGAGGCCCAAGCCGCUCCUGGAGCCGUCUUUGGAUCUGGAUGGGUCUGGGUCUGCGUCAACCAAGCUGGUGACAAGCUAGAAAUUGUUGGAACCCCCAACCAAGACAACCCACUCAUGAAGGGUGUCAAGGACGAAAUCAUGUUCCCAAUCCUUGGAUUGGAUGUUUGGGAACAUGCCUACUACUUGAAGUACCAAAACCGUCGUCCCGAAUACGUUUCCAACUGGUGGAAUGUUGUCAACUGGGACAAGGUUUCCGAGAACUGCGCCUAUGUUGUUGAGAAGCACGCUGGUGUCCCCGUCAAGGGUUAA